CGACACAAACACUUCAUGGUCUGUAUAAUCAGGGAGCCACAUGUUACCUUAACAGUAUCCUGCAAAUUCUCUUCAGGACUACAGAGAUCCAUGACAGGUUGUGUACAAAACUAGAAACAAUUGAUAAUGAGCUGAGGACAAUCUUUGACCUCCUGAGUGAAGAGACAUGUAGAACAGAAGCCAUCACAAAGAUUUUGGAGAUUACAAACGUUCAUGAGCAACGUGAUGCUGCUGAAUGCCUGGAGAUGAUUUUAUGUAAGAUCAGCUCACCUGUGUCUGAGGUUUUCCAAGGAGAGCUGACAUACACAACAAAAUGCUCCAAUGGCCACAGCAUUAAUGAAGAGACAAAUCCCUUCUGGACUCUUCAUCUGUCACUAAGGAAUAACCCUGAUGAUAAAACCUACAAUGUGGGAAGUAGCUAUACAUGUUUUUUUGAGCCUAAAUCAUUCAGUGGAGACAACAUGGUGUACUGCAAUACAUGUAACGAGAAAACACAGGCAAAAAGUGUGUGUAACAUGGUGACAUUUCCCCAGAUUUUGACUCUACUCCUAAGGAGAUUUGAUUUUGACUACAACAAAAUGUCACAUUUCAAAUCAGACUGCUGUGUGGCUGUGCCACUCGAAUUACCUCAACUUGAAAACCAGAAUAACAAUUACGAACUGUAUGGGAUAGUAAAUCACAUGGGCAGUCUGAGAGGUGGACAUUACACAGCCACCAUCCGGUCCAAUGACAGCUGGUACACGUUUAAUGACGAUGUUGUAAAGGCUGAAGGACAACCAUUUGCAGAAAGCAAAAUCUUUGAAUCCAGAGAUGCAUAUCUUCUCAUGUACAGAUUAACAGAUACUACCAAAAAUGCAAAACCUUGUUGUGAAAAAAAGAAGAAUGAAGAAGGCAAAAAAAAAGAAGACGAAGUGGAGAAGAAGAAAACAAAAGAG